AUGAGCUGUCGAACUAGCUCCUACUUUCUUCCCAGCAGGGCAAGAGGCGCCAACGAUAUGUUUGUACAUGUAACCUUCCGUGCCCCCGCGCACCUCGUUACCCCUCACAGAUUGUCGCUGGCGUGGGCUAUCUUGCGUUUGAGGCAUCCACUUCUGGCCUCGCAGAUCCACAUGACUCCAGGAAGCUACGAUGAUGCACGUUUCGUGUAUUCUCCUCCGUCGACCCCCCAGCAGGCAGUUCUUCAAGCUCAAGACACUUUCGAUGUUCUUACCGACAAGUCUGUCGACGACCUUGUUGAUGACUACCUCAAUGGCCCUCGAUUUCUUUCCACCGACAGACUUUCCUAUAUCCAUCUGGCUGCGCGUGUCGACGAUACGUCUCUCGUUCGUGAAUAUAAUCUAUUAAUGUAUAUCGCACACGUUGUGUGUGAUGGCUAUUCAGCACAUGGAAUCUGUAACUCUCUCUUCGUUUUGCUUGGUGGUUUGCAUGCUCGCGGACUCUCAGUCAACAAUAACGAAGAGUUAGCCGGUCUCCUCCAAUACGAAUGGCAAAAGAGAUGGUCUUCUGCUCAGACAGAUGUAGAUGUUAUCCCUCGGUGUGCUGAGCAGCGUAUCCCCUCAGCAUCUAACAAGUUCCUGGAAGUCGCCUCAAAAUUGGAGUUCGCCGCUAGACAGAGUCGCUUCAUCGUUGGUUUUUCCCCGGGCGGUCAUACAUUUCCAAAAGUGCCAUCAGACACCCAUCGCUCGGUCAUCAUGAACGCCUCCUUUGACGCCACCAAAACUGCAGCCAUCCUCGCGAAAUGCAGAUCUGAACGCGUGACGGUGUCCAACGCGCUUUUUGUGAUCUGUAAUUUUGCCUGGAUAAGCACUAUGCGCGCUCUUGGUCUCACAGAUAAUUCAGAGACGCUGCCCAUGAUGAUGUACACGGCCCUUAGCCUUCGGCCAUUUUGCGCACCCCGACCCCCGCAAGAAUCUUUUCUCUUUCUAGCCAUCUCUUAUCUAAAUGUCAUUCUCCCCUCAUUUAUGCCCUCCACAAUCUCCGAGGCCGAAACCUUUUGGCAUCGCGCUCGCUUGAUCAGGCGACAAUGUGCGAAGUACAUUCAAAGUACCCUUCUGCCUUUGCGUGUGCAACAUAUGAGCAAGGAGCGUGGUAUUCGUGCUAAAACUUUUGCCAAAGAGGAUGACAACAUCCUUCAGCAAUCCAGCACAAGCACAAGCAGUCGCGUAAUCUCCCGCCCACCACAGCAUGUUUCCUCGUCCGCAAAGCCUGCUCUGGCAGUUCCCCAAAAGCCUCCAUCAGUAGCCCUCAUCGGCCUCUCUCAAUUGAACAAUCUCGAUGAUGUAUAUAUUGCGGCGGAUUAUCCAGACUUUGAUUUGUCUUAUGUUGGCGGCCAUACUCGGAAGCAACCAGGGGGAAUGCUCCUGUUCACCCAAACAUUCCGUGGGAAACUGUGGCUCAUCUUCGGGUGGGAUGCGUCUGCAUACCAACAGGGCGUUGUUGAGGCUUUUUGGGAGAGGGUAUGCAGUGGCGUGGAGGAGUUCAUGUCGGACGGUGCCAUGCAAAAAGUUGAGUGGUUGCCUCGAUGUGAGGGCAACCCGCGAGAAAUGUAUUUCACGGCCUCGAUGUCCUGA